UACGAAGUUCGACCGUUUUAAAUAAAAAAAAAAAGUUGCGAAACUAUACACGAUAAAAUGUUACGUUCAAGGUCCCAGAACAGCAUUUGGGAACAAGAAGCGAAGUUGGUACAAGAUCGAAUAUCCAAUGUGGAAAAAUAUUUUGCGGAAUUAUGCACGACAUUUGCAGCAUAUACAAGAAAGGCAGCAAGAUUACGCGACAAAGGAGAUGAAAUAGCAAAAAUUAUUCAAACUUAUGCUCAAUCGGAAACUAUAAAUCGAUCUUUAUCUAAUGGAUUGAUAAAUUUUUCUGCAACUUUAUCGGUAAUAGGCGAUUAUAGAGAUGCCAAAGUGCAGAGAUUUGAUGCAAAAAUAAUUUCUCCGCUUUCUCAAUAUGCGACGAUUUGUAAACAUGCUCGUGAUGAUGUAAAAAAUACAUUUACCGCACGAGAUAAAGAAUUGACAAGAAAAAGGCAUCUAGACAGGCUCAGAGAACGAAAUCCUAGAAACAGACAAAUGAUUUCUCAAGCUGAAUCGGAAUUAAUGAAAGCAUCCGUUGAAGUUUCAAGAGUUGUUAAAGGUUUAGAAGAGCAAAUUGAUGCAUUUGAAAAACGGAAAUUACAUGAUCUGAAAACUGUAUUAUUAGACUUUAUUAUUAUUGAAUUAAGUUUUCAUGCAAAAACUCUUGAAUUACUGACGAAAGGUUAUCAAGAUAUUGCAGAAAUCGACGAAGUUAAAGAUUUAGAGGACUUUCAAAUAAUAAGAGGAAACAUGAAUGGGGAAUUUCGCAAUGCAAUGCAUGUUCCCGAUUCUGUUGCGAGAUUGUCCACGGUUGGGCGAACUUCGUUUAAGCAGUCUUAUUCUCUAACUAAUUUGGCUAAUCGUUUCAUGCCUUCACCCGGGGUUUCCAAAAAAUUAGUUACUCAUGUAACUGAAUCAACGGAUUCCACAAAGUCUAGCUUAAAAACAAAUUCUUCAGAAUCUGUACAAAUUGAGGAAUUCAGAAACAGUUCAGAAGAAACAGAAUCUGAAUCUGCUAAAGAGAAACCUGUGAGAACCAGGCAUAAGUCUAUGUAAUUUAAAAUAAUAUGUUAUUUUGAAAGCA